UACAUAUUUUCCAUUCUCAAACAGAUUAGAGGAAUGCUGACUGCAUUAUUGGAACCAUGUCAUGGACAAGGUGCAGAGAAGCGGCUUUUUUAUCUUCGCGAUGCUCUUGUCUCCAAAUUGUUUAGACUUAAGGUUGGAAGUGAAAGAAUCUCAGGCAUCAACCUAGCAGAUCAGUUAGUAAAGGGCCACCAGCUAUUGGAAUGGUUACCAGCCUUAGAUAUAAGUGAUGAAGCACAGACGAAGAUUAUCACCUGUGAACGAAGCAAAAGAAGGCAUAUGGCCACUUCUUUAUUCAUAGGACUAGCAUUCUCCCAAGUACUUAUCCUGCAGAAUAAAAAUGCCCUAAAGAUUUUAAGUAGAUGAAAUUGUUAGUUUUAUGCAGGCCUAGAAAAGAUAUGCAUUGAAUUGUCAUUAAUGUUAGGAUCUUAAUGAACUGAAUAAAGUAUUGAUUUGUCAGAA